AUGCCAAAGAACACCAAGAAGAGCCAAGGAAACAAGAAGCUCCAGCUCAGCGAUAAGCAGUUCGCGGAUCUGCUAAAAGAGAUUGGUGGUGGUCUUCCAGAAGGCUUGGCUCUCGACCCAGCUCUUCUCGGCGCUCUUCGUCAAGCCACAAACGAUCAGUUCAACAAGGUGGCCACUGAGAAGUAUGGAGAGAUUCCAUCCGAUGAGGAGGAAGAAGAGAUGGAAUCCGAACAACAACAACAGUCGACUUCUGGACAGAAGAACGAUCAGCAAGGAAGCUCCAACAAUGCCUAA